ACAUCAACUUCCAAGAGUUAGGCAAAUCACACAUCACACAAAUCACAAAUAAUACUUACUUUCAAGAUUAGAUACAAUUCGAAAACGAGCGAAAAAGAAAAGGAAAUCCGAAGAGAAAUUAAAAUGGCUUGCAAUUGGUCUGCAGAAAACGCCACCAACGCUUAUCUCAAAACCAUGAGAAUGGGAAAGAGCGGUAAAGAGCCAAACGGAGCCGAGUUCGUAUCGGCACUAGCGGCAGGUAACAACGUCCAGCUCACGGUAGUGGCUUGCGGUGGUGCACCGGAUUCCACCGCCCUAGCAUUAGCGGCAGCCGCCCAACAAACCGGCGGACGCAUCAUUUGCAUUCUCCGAGGCGCGUACGACGAAAUGCACUACCUAAGCCAAAACUCGGCCAACAUCGAAUUCGUCUUCGGAGAAGCGAAAGACCUCUUACUGAGCAUCUACAAAGAAUCGGACUUCGUAGCAAUCGACUGCAAUCUCGAGAACCACGAAGAAAUCAUAAGCGCGUUAUUGCAAGAGAGAGAAUCCAGGCGCCACGAUAAGGACACUAUUGUGUUAGGGUACAAUGCAUUCUGCAAAGAAUCUUGGAGGAAUAUUCCUUUCGGGACGGAACUUCUGCCGAUCGGAGAAGGAUUGCUUCUAACGAGAAUAGCAGCAGUAGUAGUGCCUAAGAAGAAGAGUAAGAGUAGUAACUGGAUUGUGAAGGUGGAUAAAUGUACUGGUGAAGAACAUGUUUUCAGGGUUAGAUCCUCUGUGGGCAGGACCAUCAGAGCUUAAUUAAACAAAAAAAAAAAACAAUUAUGUUUAUGAUUUUUAUUUUGAUCUUUGUUUAGAGUGUUUAGAUUUAGAUGCAGGAGAUGAGAUUUGUUAGGGUUAUAAGACAAAUUAAGUGUAAAUACCUUUGUUUUUGAAUCAGCAAUUGAAUUUGGUUUUCCAGU